CGCUUUCCAAUAUUCUACCGUUUCAGUUAAAUCCCUCAUCUUCCCAAAUCAAAUCGAUUAUCCUCUCACUCACAUAAACCCUAACAUUCAGGGACCUGUGUCCGCAGUCGCUCAAAUGGAGAUUGUCGAAUCUCUAGAAGACAUCCCAGUACAAAACCCACAAGCAGAAUACUUCUCAUAUCCUGAUUUGACCUGGACCAAGUUCGGUUCAACGGAGCAUCACGACGAGGUAGCACUCAUCCCUCACUCAAGGGUCGUGGACUUCAUCAUCGGAGAAUGCUCAAACCCUGAGUGCCCCACUCGAUUUCACCUCCAAAGACAAAGGAAACACCCCCCAGGCAGCCUCAAGGAGUACAAGCCCGACGAAUUUCUCGAAUACAGACGGUAUUGGUGCUCUUUUGGUCCUGAGAACUACGGAGAAGGAGGCGGUCAGUUGCCCAGUAGAAAGUACCGUCUCAAAACCAGGAACCGAGCCGCGAGACCUCAAUCAAUGAGAGGAUGCACGUGCCAUUUCGUGGUGAAGCGUCUCUACGCCCGUCCUUCCCUCGCGCUUCUCGUUUACAAGGAGAGACGUCACGUGAACGAGGCCGGUUUCGUCUGCCACGGACCUCUCGACAGAGACGCGAUCGGCCCCCGUGCUAAGAAGGUUCCUUACAUAUGCAACGAGAUCCAGCAGCAGACUAUGUCUAUGAUCUAUCUCGGGAUCCCUGAAGAGAGUGUUCUAGAAAAACACAUCGAAGGGAUUCACAAGUAUUGUGGCUCGGACGCCACGGUCGAUGGUCUUGCCUCUCAGUAUGUUCAUAAGCUUGGGAUGAUUAUCAAACGCUCUACUCAUGAGCUGGACUUGGAUGAUCAUGCUAGUAUCAAGAUUUGGGCUGAGAGGAACAAGAAAUCUAUCUUUUCUUAUCAGGAGUCUUCGGAGACUGAUCAGUUCAUGCUUGGGAUUCAAACUGAGUGGCAGUUGCAGCAGUUCGUGCGCUUUGGUCAUUGUGGCCUCGUUGCAGCUGAUUCGACUUUUGGGAUAAAGAGGCUUAAGUAUCCUCUAUGCACGCUUCUUGUAUUUGAUUCAAGACGUCAUGCUCUACCUGUUGCUUGGAUUAUCUCUCGUAGCAAUUUGAAAUCUGAUGUCGACAAGUGGAUGAAAAUACUGCUCAAGCGCGCACAGAGUGUUGAGCCUGGCUUUAGGAUCAAUGCCUUUAUCAUUGACGAUGCUGCACUGGAGAUUGAUCCCAUAAGGGACACAUUUUGUUGCCCCAUCCUUUUCUCUCUCUGGCGUAUUCGUAGAUCAUGGCUUCGGAAUGUAGUGAAGAAGUGCGAUACCAUUGAGGUCCAAAGAGAGUUAUUCAAAUGUUCAGGACAAGUCGUGUACAGCAUUUGGGAUGGUGGCGUAGAUACAUCAAAGGCUCUAGAAAAAUUAACUCUGGAUUUUUCUGAUCAGACCGCCUUCAUGCAGUAUUUCACAUCCACUUGGUUGCCUAAAAUAGGAAUGUGGCUCUCAUCUAUGAAAAGUCUCCCACUUGCAAGCCAAGAAGCAUGUGGAGCUAUAGAAGCUUACCAUGUAAAGCUUAAAGUGAAGCUGUUUUGACGAUACACAUCUCAAU